AAUUUAGUUGAUAUUUUAACGUCAAUCUGAGUAAAUCGCACUUAAGGUCGGUUUAUUUGGUGCUAAAUACAAAAUAUUGUAAGAAAAAAAAGUAAUCAAAAAAUUUAAAUAAAAAAAUAUAAUUCCAAAAACUUAUGUAAAAUCUAAAGUGAAUAAACAUAAGAAAUAUACAUAAACAGCAAUUGCAAAUAAAAAAUACAAAAAUAAAAAAUAGUGUGUUUAGGAAUUAACGAUCUUAACUGUUAGAAAUACUUGUUUUCCCCCGAUAUUUGUUUACACGUUUAACAUUAUGGAAAUUGUACAUGCGGAGAGUGAAAGUGAUAAAUCCCAAGUGGCAGCCUGGUAUGCGGGGAAAAAUAUUUUUAUAACUGGUGCCACUGGUUUUAUGGGCAAAGUAUUAGUAGAAAAAUUACUGCGAAGUUGUCCCGAUAUUAAGAAUAUAUAUUUGCUAAUACGAUCGAAACGAGGACAAACACCAGAAGUACGCAAAGAACAAUAUUUGAAAUGUGUGAUUUUUAACAAAAUUUUGGAAAGUAAUUCCGAUAUAGUGAAAAAAAUACGCUUAAUUAAAGGUGAUGUCAUGGAAGAUAAACUUGGCAUGAGUGACGAGGACCGCAAACAUUUAAUCGAUAAUACAGAUGUUAUAUUUCAUUGUGCUGCCAACGUACGUUUUGAUCAACCAUUAAGGCCCAUGAUACAAAUGAAUGUUAUGGGAACAUUGAAAGUAUUGGAAUUGGCUGGAAAAAUGUUAAACUUAAAAGUAUUUGUACAUGUCUCAACAUCAUAUUGUCAAUGCAACGAAAGCAUUUUAGAAGAAAGAGCGUAUCCAGCACCACAUAAUCCUUAUGAAAUUAUUGAAAUGUUAAAGACAAUGGAUGACAAAGCUUUAGCUGAAAUUACCCCUAAACUUUUAAAUGGACUGCCAAAUACUUAUGCUUACAGCAAAGCAUUAACUGAAGAUUUAAUUAACAGAUAUGAACUUAAAUUACCGACUAUAAUUACUAGACCAUCAAUUGUUACUGCUGCAUUAAAAGAACCUCUACCCGGAUGGAUAGAAGGCGUAAAUGGUCCAACAGGUCUUAUGAUAGGUGCCGCACGAGGUGUUAUACGUUCUAUGCAUUGUAAUCCAGAUUAUUCGUCAACUGUUAUACCAGUCGAUAAGGCAAUAAAUGGAAUGAUUGUUGCCGCUUACCAUCGUGCUCUACUGCCAACAAAAAAUGUCGAAUUUUGUAAUUUGUGCAUAAAUAGUAAGGCUCUUUAUUCGUGGGGAGAAUGUAUUGACACAGGAAAACGUCUUUUUUAUGAAACACCAUUGAGUUUUGGCCUCUGGUAUCCGGAUGGAUCGAUUAAAAAGAAUUAUUAUCAUCACAUGUUUUGUGUUAUAUUCUUUCAUUAUUUGCCAGCUUAUUUUAUAGAUUUUUUAUUACUGCUUAUGGGGCGCAAACGUUUUUUAGUACGUGUACAAAACAAAAUAUCGACUGGUCUGGAACUGUUACAAUAUUACACAACCAAGGAAUGGGAAUUUAAGAGUGAAAAAUUUCAACAAUUGCAAACGAAACUUAAUCGUAUAGAUCAGGAAAUUUUCGAUACCGACACUUCGCAAGUAAAUUGGGAAGCUUAUAUACGUACCUAUAUAAUGGGUAUGCGUACUUAUAUAUUGGGCGAGAGUGAAGCCACCAUACCACAAGCGAAGAGGUUUUUACGACGUCUAUAUAUCUUAGAUCGUUUAGUAACUUUUAUAUUUUAUGGUUUGAUAUUUUGGUUUUUGUGGACUCAUUUGGAUGGUUUUAUAGAAAGCAGUGAUGUCCUUAUACAAAAAACAUUGAAAACAAUUUAUAGUUAUAGUCACAACAAAACAAUUGAAUUAUAAUUGUGAAUAACAUUCAAUCAAAUUUAAUUUUAAAUUCUUUUUUUCACAUGUUUAGGUUAAGUUUAAAAAAAUAUAAUAAAAAAUGUAUAACAACUAAUUAUUAUUAAA